UUUUUGUGCAUUUAAGAAAUCUCCAAAAAUUAAGAAUCGGGAGAGUAGAGCAAGGAAGAGAAAGGAGGAAGAAAGCAAGGCGAAGAAAAAAGGACAAGACACGUUUUUUCUAAGAUGCAAAUAUCCUAAGGUGACAGCAAUGGGUUAGAAAGGAUUUACCAUGAUUUCAAAAUAAAAAGGCAAACAGCUGAUAUUAUAUUCCUCUGCAUAUGCAUCAAUGGAUGGAGAGACAGAAUUAUGAGUGGAAUACUUGCAGCCGAUGGGACUGAUUGCAAUUUAUAUGCCACCCAGAGGGGCUUGUUAUUAAUCUUUUCUUCCCUUUUAACGUCUCUGAGCCAGGAAUCGGGGUGUUUUAAGGAUCCAUUGUGUGAAUCUUACGAUCCAGCUGGUUUUUGGCCGUUGUCCUCCGGGUUACUGUUGAUUACAGAAAACGUGUUCUCUUGUAUAUUGGUGUGACUCAAAGGAGGCUUUUAUCAUUUAUCUUGCCUCUUUCUUUUGUGAAACACAAGGCGAGUUUUUUUUUUUUUUUUUUUUUAUUGAGAACUGUAUACCUUCUUUUAUCCAAAGUCCCAGUUGCGUUAUAUAUGUAAAGUAAAGAUGUCUUCUCCAUACCAGUAUCGAAGUUUUUAAAUUUGCCACUCUUCCUUUUACCAAUCUAGUAACUGAGGAAUCUGAAUAUUUAACUUUUAGAUUUCGGUAUAUUAUAUAUAGAUAUAUAUUUUUCCUCUACUAAGUCAGUUUGCUGCUGGUUGUUGAUCUUUUUAGCAACUCUAUCUAAACAUGUCUGCUCCACUUGGGCCCCGGGGCGGCCCUGCACCUCCUCCCCCUGCUGUCCUGCCAGAGGUGCCGGACCUCAGUCACCUUACCGAGGAGGAGAGAAAGAUCAUCCUCGCCGUCAUGGACCGACAGAAACAAGAAGAAGAAAAGGAGCAAUCCAUGCUGAAGAUCAAAGAAGAAACAAAACCUCAGCCGCCACAGUGGUUUCCCUUUAGUGGGAUCACUGAGCUGGUAAAUAACGUUCUUCAGCCCCAGCAAAACCUGCAAAAUGAAAAGGAGCCUGAGAUGAAAUUGCACCAGCAGUUUGAAAUGUAUAAGGAUCAAGUGAAGCAGAUGGGGGAAGAAGCACCACAGGUGCAGGAGCAGAAGGGGGACACCCCCACCUGUGGAAUCUGCCACAAAACCAAGUUUGCGGACGGCUGCGGCCACCUCUGUUCAUAUUGCCAAACAAAAUUCUGUGCCCGUUGCGGAGGACGAGUGUCUCUGCGGUCAAAUAAGCAGGAAGACAAAGUGGUAAUGUGGGUGUGCAACUUGUGCCGAAAACAACAAGAAAUCCUCACAAAGUCAGGAGCCUGGUUCUACACCGUUGGUUCAAACACGCCCCAGCAGCUGGACCCCAGUGAACUCACAAGGGGGCCCCGGAACGAAGAAGCACCUCAGGAGAAGAAGGCAAAACUUCAGGAUCCAUCCCAGUACCAGGGACCCUCCGGGGACAUUUCCACACCAGCGUCAGACAAAAACAGACCUCAAAGGCUCACACGGCAAGACUCAAUCAAAAACGGUUCGGGGCGGGUGCAUUCAGGUCCAGGCUCAGGUGACACUCUGAUUGACAGGAAAAGAAGCCCAUCAGCAUCCAGGGAUCCAAACCAAAAAUACGACCAAAGGGAGGAGCGGGGUGACCGUUCACAGUAUGCCCCGCCAGACAGCGGGAUGCCAAGGUCACCAUCGGACUACGAGGAGCGGGAGCAGCGGAGGCCGCAGCGGGGUUCUCAGAUGUACGAGGAUGCGGACGCAUCGCGGGGGGAGUACCGGGAUCGGCGUAGUCGGCGGCACUCGCAGGAGUACCCACUAGACGAGGACUUGGAUGGUCAGCUAAGCGAAUAUGAGAGGCAGCGGGAAGAGGAGUACCAGGCCCGCUACCGCAGCGACCCCAAUCUGGCCCGCUACCCAAUCAAGCCCCAGCCCUACGAGGAGCAGAUGCGUAUGCAUGCCGAGGUGUCCCGUGCUCGGCAUGAGAGGCGGCACAGUGACGUCUCGCUGGCUUACACAGAGCUGGAUGAACCUCAGGUGUCCAUGAUGCGAGGGGAACGCCAGUCUCGGCAGCGCUCCACCUCCGAGAGGCGGGCGCCCAUGGAGAGCCAGCGCUCCUACUCCAUGGAGAGAACUCGAGAGGUUCAGGGCUCUGGCCCCCACGACCGGCAAGUGACCUCCAAUCACAGCCCCCCUACCCCACACCGGAGCCCCGUGCUGGGGGAGCGGCAAGGGGAUAUGCGGCGAGGGGGAGGAGGGGACCCUGUGCGCAUGCAGCAGCAGCACCACCACUUGGAUCCCAGCUCAGCCAUGCGAAAGACCAAGCGCGAGAAGAUGGAGACCAUGUUGCGCAAUGACUCGCUCAGCUCCGACCAGUCCGAGUCCAUCCGGCCCCCGCCGCCAAAGCCACACAAAACGAAAAAAGGAGGCAAGAUGCGGCAGGUCUCGCUGAGCAGCUCUGAGGAGGAGCUGGCAACCACCCCAGAGUACACCAGCUGUGAUGACGUGGAGAUAGAGAGUGAGUCAGUCAGUGAGAAAGGGGACAGUCAAAGGGGAAAAAGAAAAACUAGUGAACAGACAAUUUUGUCGGACUCAAACAUCUUGUCUGAGAAACAAAAGACAAUGGUGCGCUUUGGGGGCCAUUCUUUGGAAGAGGACUUGGAAUGGUCUGAGCCUCAGAUUAAAGACUCUGGGGUAGAUACGUGCAGUAGUACAACCCUUAACGAGGAGCAUAGCCAUAGUGAGAAGUACCCUGUGACAUGGCAGCCAUCCAAAGAUGGAGAUCGCCUAAUAGGGCGGAUUUUACUAAACAAGCGGCUGAAAGAUGGGAGUGUGCCAAGAGACUCUGGAGCAUUGCUUGGGCUGAAGGUUGUGGGUGGAAAGAUGACUGAAUCUGGUAGACUUUGUGCAUUUAUUACAAAAGUAAAGAAAGGCAGUCUAGCUGAUACAGUUGGCCACCUCCGACCAGGUGAUCAGGUAUUAGAAUGGAAUGGGAGACAUUUACAAGGAGCUACUUUUAAGGAAGUUUACAAUAUAAUUCUGGAAUCUAAGCCAGAAGCACAGGUGGAACUUGUAGUCUCAAGGCCCAUUGGCGAUAUUCCCAGGAUACCAGACAGCACACAUGCACAACUAGAAUCAAGCUCAAGUUCUUUUGAAUCCCAGAAAAUGGAUCGGCCCUCUAUCUCAGUCACUUCACCCAUGAGCCCUGGCUUGCUGCGGGAUGCUCCCCAGUACCUGUCUGGACAACUCUCAAGCCAAAGCCUUAGUAGAAGAUCAGCGCCUUUUGUUCCUAGGGUUCAGAUAAAACUCUGGUAUGACAAGGUUGGUCACCAGCUAAUUGUCACAAUUCUGGGAGCAAAAGAACUUCCUUCAAGGGAAGAUGGGAGGCCAAGAAACCCUUAUGUUAAAAUUUACUUCCUCCCAGACAGAAGUGAUAAGAGCAAAAGAAGAACAAAAACAGUAAAGAAAACAUUAGAGCCCAAAUGGAACCAAACAUUUAUGUAUUCCCCGGUCCAUCGGCGGGAAUUCCGGGAGCGCAUGUUGGAGAUCACACUUUGGGACCAGGCACGGGUUCGAGAAGAAGAAAGUGAAUUUUUAGGAGAGAUUCUAAUCGAACUAGAGACAGCAUUGCUGGAUGACGAGCCUCACUGGUACAAACUGCAGACGCACGACGUGUCCUCCAUGCCCCUUCCACACCCCUCACCAUACCUUCCACGCAGAGAGCUGCAUGGGGAGAGUCCCACGCGGAGACUGCAAAGAUCCCAGCGAAUCAGUGACAGUGAAAUAUCUGAUUAUGACUGCGAUGAUGGAAUUGGAGUUGUAUCAGAUUACAGGCACAAUGGCAGAGAUAUCCGGAGCUCCACGUUAUCAGUUCCCGAGCAGGUGAUGUCGUCCAAUCACUGUUCCCCGUCUGGGUCUCCCAAUCGAGGGGACAGUAUGGGCAGGACACGGUCUCGUUCCCCCAGUGUCCCUCCUCCGCAGAGCCGGAGCUUGGACCAACCAUCUCGAGGUUCUCACUCCUCCCUGUCGCAGUACAACACAGUGAGCCGAAUGGAGAAGCAUCGCAUGGACGACCACUACUCCCCAGACAGGAAUUGUGAAGCCCUGGAUAGACAUGAAUAUACAAGGUCCAGAUCCGCAGAUCAGCGCCCAGUGCUCGAGUGGACCAGCUCCCGCUCCCGGUCCACCGAGCGCCCCGACUCUAACCUCAUGAGAUCGAUGCCGUCUUUAACAUCAGGAAGAUCUGCCCCUCCCUCACCUGCCUUAACGAGGUCGCACCCUCGUAGCGGAUCCGUCCAAACCAGUCCCACGAGUACCCCCUUGGCUGGACGCAGAGGUCGACAGCUGCCACAGCUUCCACCAAAGGGGACGCUAGAAAGAAGUGCUAUGGAUGUGGAGGAGAAAACUCGCCAAUUGAAACUGAAAAUGAACAAAUACAAACAUGGGGCAGGAUCGGACUCCAGACUGGAACAGGAGUAUCAAUCCAAGCAUCGGUUAGGCCGGGAUCCACAUAGAGGCUCUGAUAACGUGUCCACUAAGUCUUCAGACAGUGAUAUGAGCGACGUGUCCGCUGUGUCGAGGACCAGUAGUGCUUCUCGGUUCAGCAGCACGAGCUACAUGUCUGUCCAGUCCGAGCGGCCUAGAGGAAACAAGAAGAUCAGUGACUUUACAUCCAAAAUGAAAAACAGGCAGAUGGGAGCCCCGGGAAAGAACAUGACGAAAAGCACCAGCAUCGGCGCCGACAUGUACAACCUGGAGAAGAACGACGGCAGCCAGUCAGACACUGCGGUGGGCACCAUGGGUACUGGGGGCAAGAAGAGGCGCUCCAGCAUAGGUGCCAAAAUGGUGGCGAUCGUGGGGCUCUCCCGAAAAAGCCGCAGUACCUCGCAACUCAGCCAAACAGAAGCUGGAGGGAAGAAACUGCGCAGUACGAUCCAGAGGAGUACGGAAACAGGCUUGGCAGUAGAAAUGAGAAAUCGGAUGACCCGGCAAGCAAGUCGAGAAUCAAAUGAUGGAAGCAUGAACAGCUACAGCUCAGAGGGAAACCUCAUUUUCCCAGGUGUGCGAUUGGCAUCAGACAGUCAGUUUAGUGAUUUUCUAGAUGGCCUUGGUCCAGCUCAGCUAGUUGGGCGCCAGACGCUGGCAACCCCUUCUAUGGGUGACAUCCAGAUCGGGAUGAUGGACAAAAAGGGACAGCUAGAGGUGGAAGUAAUAAGAGCCCGUGGGCUUGUUGGGAAGCCAGGUUCAAAGGCACUGCCAGCUCCCUAUGCUAAGGUAUAUCUGCUCGACAAUGGAGUCUGUAUAGCCAAAAAGAAAACAAAAGUAGCAAGAAAAACUCUGGAUCCCCUCUACCAGCAGCAGCUGUCAUUUGAGGAAAGCCCAACAGGAAAAGUCCUACAGAUUAUUGUAUGGGGCGACUAUGGACGCAUGGACCAUAAAUCCUUUAUGGGAGCUGCACAGAUACUUUUAGAUGAGCUUGACCUGUCCAACAUGGUGAUUGGCUGGUUCAAGCUCUUUCCCCCUUCCUCAUUGGUGGACCCAACCUUGGCACCUCUGACUAGAAGAGCUUCCCAGUCAUCACUUGACAGUUCAACUGGACCUUAUGCUCGCUCAUAGCAGUCUGGAAACAAAGCAUUGUCAUAGCAACCAGUGUCCAAGUUAACAGUCUUAACAGGUCACAAGCCCUGAUUACACUGCAUGCUUAAUGUUGUGUCUUCUGAGCCCGUUUCUAGGAAUGUAAAAGUGAUCCUAUGUUUUCAGAGAAAGUCGCACACAUUGUGCGCCAAGAAGGUCCUCAGUGGUAAACAGGCAGAAGCUGUAAAGAACUUAUAUACUUGGAGUUCAGUGACACUAGGUUUUUGUCCAAUCUGAAGCCAUGGAAAAAAAAAACUGAGACCCAAUCAGUUAAUUCAAUAGAAGUCCCUUUUUUAAUGUCAUAUUGUUUUUUUUUGUUAUUGCACCCUAAUGAUUGGGUCACGUGAUUCUCCUGACCAGAAGCUUGGUUACGCCACGCCAAUAAAGCCAGCUACGGGAGAAACCUCUGAGGAAGGACAA